GAGCGCAGUGACAGCUAUCUAGAGCGUGUUUUAGUGUUCAUUUGGUUGAGGAACCGUUUUCCUGCGCGUUCUAUGUAGCCUACCGGUUUUGUCUGCCCUCAGAUGAGGAGUCUAGUUGCAAUGUGGUAGUCUGGCUGAGAGAGAGAGAGAGAGAGAGAGAGAGAGAGAUGGUGAUACGCGACCCGCCCCGUGAGGCUCGUGUGGGCGGGCAGCAGUGAGCGGAAACGUGCUUACAGGCAGAGCUUCAUUUCAUCCAGCUUCGUAUCGCAACGUGCUUGCCCUCUCGCGUCAGCUACCGGAAAGUUUAGGUGCCUAGAAACUUCACGGCCGUCUGGGAACUGUGGAUUGUGUGAGAGAUGGAGCUGUUUCGGUCUGUUUAAAGCCCAAGUCCAUGACUUACAAGGCCUGAUGUUCCGAUGGCAUGGCUAGCUGUUCUCUGGAUCCUGGAGUGUCUGACGUGCUCCUCACAUGCUCUUCUAGACGAACCCCCUUCCUGUCUGAUCCCUUUCUCUCAGACGGACAUCUUCUGUGAAUGGACACCAGACGCUGGACUGACCAACUACACACUUCACUGGAGCUAUGAUGAAGUGGACAAGUCGGAGAAGGCGAGUGUUGGUGGCGGGACCAUUCUGCGGCGGCACUACGACCGGCUGGCCCUGGUGUCCGUGUGGAUAACAGCCUCUGACUCUCAGGGCUCACACACGUCACCCAAGACACACUUCCUUCCCAGCAGCAUCACCCAGCCUCCUCCUCCUGACUCUGUCAGCAGUGUGAGUGUGGAUGGACACAUGGAGGUAUCUUGGAGUUGGGCUCCAGAGCCCGGCGAGGAGUGCGUUACUAUGGAAAUGCGCUGUGGCGUACGCUACCGCAUACUUGGACACCAGCGCUGGACACAGGAGGAGGGAAUAACUGCACGCCACUUCCAAUUGGUUGAGCCACUGCCGUUGACCCGGUACGAGUUUCAGGUGAGGUGCACCUGUGUGGAGGUCAUGAGCCCCUGGAGUAACCUCACACUGGACACGCCUCAAGCAGCUCCUGUGGAUUUAGUAGACAUAUGGACAGACUGUGGCCUCUCCUCACACACACCCUGUAACAUCACUUGGAAGGAUCCUGAUAGGUCUCUCCAGAGGGCCAAUCUUGAGGGAUUUGAUUUCCGUGAGGAGUUCCAAAACGGAACCAUGCGGAAGUGGACCGUCAGCAGGUCGGCCUGUGGCUGUGCAUCAGCGGAGCGUGUGUGCAGACGAGCCGUCAGUCUGCUGGACGUCACGCGUGUGUGUGUGUCGGCGCGCAACUCACUAGGGGUCACCCAGCCCGCCUGCAUCAACUUGACCUUUCACACAGAAGUGCCAUCCAUGAAGUUCACUGUCACAAGAGAGGGAGAGCAGGGUUUGACUGCUUCCUGGUCUCCGCCCCCUCACUUCUCUGAGCAUGUGCAGGAGUAUGUGCUUCAGAGACGGCGGGCGGGACUUCCCUUCUCAGAUGAAUUUGAUUGGAUCAGAGUCAACAGAGACAAGAACGCCACUCUUCUUAAAGGUCAGUUCAGGAACUGCACGCCGUAUGACAUCUCUCUAUUUGUCCUGAUGCUCAACCAGACCACCCAGAUGAUGGCAUCUACUGUGGCUUUUAGCUUCCAGUGUGUUCCUCCUGAGGUUCCGUUUGACGUCCAGUGCAGACACGACUCGGCCUUAGUCUCCUGGGCACACACUGCACUGAAGGACACAGUCGGACAUAUGCUGCGCUACAGACUGCAGCUUAACAACAAUACAGUGUACCAUGCGGAGGGCACCCAGUUCCUGCUGCUGGGUCUGCAGCCUGCCCAGACCUAUGAGCUCACCCUGCAGGCAGAGACGGGGGCUGGAGUGGGGCACAUCAGAAGGCUCAUUUGCACCACCUCAACACCACCAGGUUUCCCCGUACAAGUGGUGGUGUGGUUUCUCGCAGCAUGUGUGUGUUGCCUCUCUGUUGGAUGCUGGAUCUACAAGACCCGCGUCCUCCACUGUGGUUAUGUGCCAGACCCUAAGCAUAGCCAGCUACUGCAGGAGCUCAACCACCUGUGGCAUCCCGUGCAGUUCUGCUCUCUCUCCGAGCCUGUCUUGAAGGGCUCUCAGUUGGAAGUCGUCCCCCUUCCGGAGAAGACGGACCCUCUGUGGCUUCAGACCAAAGACCGUCUGCACACGCCACGCGGCACAGAUGACCCUUACCCGGACCCCAGAGAGCACUUCUACCCCAACAGAGAGCACCUGCACCUGGACACCACACACCUGUCUGGGCCGGACGACUGGCCGCACACGGAACAGGAGUGGCACCACAUCCCACAGGAUGAGGAGGACCAGGAGGAGGUGCAGGAGGAGGAGGAGAGGAGCUCAGACAGUGGCUUCUGCAGGACAGGGGAGUACAGCGACAGCCAUCUGCUGGAGGAUGAGGAUGAGCUGAGGAGUGCAGAGAGAGAGGAGGAGGAGGAGGAAAGUGACUAUGAUGGGUGGAGAGAGGAGGAGGAGGAGGAGGAUAGCUGGGACUUGUUCCAGAAGCCCAACUCGGACUACGAGAGACACAUGCCUGUGGCCCACUGCUAACUCCUCCUUGGGCCGAUAAGUCCCCUCCUACCUCACCGCUGACCUCCGGCCUCUGAGGCCACAGCAUGGACAUGGACUCGUUUUUCUCCUAAGGAACGAGAACUUCUCACAGAAACGUUUUCUCCUAAGGAGAACUUCUCACGGAAACGUUUUCUCUUGAGGGGAACCCCUCAGGGAAACAGGUUCCUCGGUAUUGGAGAAGAAAAUAACUUCCAGAGAGAGAGCCGUUCCUCAGAUUCCAAACUAGCUCAGGUGGUGUUUACGAAUGAAAACGAUGCAACCGGUGAUAUUUUUCUAGAUGCUUAUAUUUUAGAUGCAAACGGAGAUAUUUUUCUAGAUGCUUAUAUUUUAGAUGCAAACGGUGAUAUUUUUCUAGAUGCUUAUAUUUUAGAUGCAAACGGUGAUAUUUUUCUAGAUGCUUAUAUUUUAGAUGCAAACGGUGAUAUUUUUCUAGAUGCUUAUAUUUUAGAUGCAAACGGAGUUUUUAAAAACUCCCGCUAGAGUGGAGAUUUUGGAAAAUUUCGGUUGCACGUUUACAUGUAAACUGACAAAAACGGAGGUUUAGGCAGCCAACGUCACAUUAGGCCUAUGCACCAAAAGUACAACCUGUGUUUAGCCUAAAUUUUCAUUUGGCUAUGGUGAUCAUGGAUGCAUUCAGAGUGGCAGUUGCAUUUAUGUUGGUGCAAACUCUUUUCGUCUGUUUGCAAUUGCAAAUACAGUUUAAAAGACAAAGAGGAACUGAUUUGUUGCUGUUGUUGCUAUUUUUGGGAUUCUGAUUGGCUAACGUGGGCUUGAGCUUGUCGUUCGCUUUAGAGCCGUUUAUGAAAAUAGCCGGCCACGUGUAAACGUAGCCUCAGGGAAGACAUUGACACACAGGAGGGUUUUCAGGAAGAUUUGCACCUUUCAGCGUUUCCUCUGAAACAGAACCUUACUGUAGGCACUGGGUAUUGAGCACCGGGUGUUGACCACUGGGUUGACCAGUGAUUGGUUGACCAGUGAUUGAUUGACCAGACCAACUGUCACUGGAUCACUGGUAUCACUGGUAAGGGGUGAGGGGUCCGCUUGACCGGUCGGGGAUGAGGGGUCCGCUUAGUUAGUGUAGCUUAAGGAGGUCCGACCGAACAUGAGAACCCCUCAGCGUUCCCGCUGACACUGAGUCUUACACUGUGUGUGGUUGGCUGAUCGGACCAGACCGGGCGAGGGGGCCCAGUCAGUGGAGCUUAGAAAGAGGUCCGACCCUCAGCCAGGCUGUCCAUUUACCCUUCAACAGCUGACUUUGGCGGCGUACUGUGCACCUGUACACCACGCGGCUAUGGUGGCGUCCUGUACACCACAUGGCUAUGGCGGCGUCCUGUACACCUGUGCAACUGUACACCACACGGCUAUGGCGGCGUCCUGUACACCUGUACACCACACGGCUAUGGCGGCGUCCUGUACACCUGUACACCACAUGGCUAUGGUGGCGUCCUGUACACCUGUACACCACACGGCUAUGGCGGCGUACUGUACACCUGUACACCACACGGCUAUGGCGGCGUACUUUACACCAUAUGACUGAAUGCUUUUGUGCUUGAAAACUGGAGUUGUGGCCUUUGAACUUCUGCUUGUUUUGUAUUAUUAGCGCCUCAUGGUCCUCACUAGCCCCCGUUACAGCCUAGGAAGCCUGGCUCAGGCUUACACUGGGCUAGGCCCAGGACCUUCGCUGCUGGUGCUCUAAGCUGUUUCACAAUCUCGGAACGGAUAGCUGAGGCGUCUUUUUCUCUCAGAUACUCCAUGUUUAGCUGUUAAGAAAGGAUAUGAAAAAAACACUGUUUACUGCACAAUUGCCAUAUAUUCUAUAUUUUUAAUAACAUCCAAUACUUGAAAGUGCCAUAAGGAUCUUCAAUGUAUUAUUUCCCACUGCCCAGUUAUUUUGUAAUGUCAAGCUCAGAUUUUUGAUAUGUGACGUUUUACAUAGAAAAUCAUUUAUCUGCAUUGUAUUUUGUCUAUUAAUGUAUGUUUUCUAUUAAACGUUUUAUAUCUCUUGAAUAAAAGUUGUGAAGUAGCUUUU